AUAUCAAAGGACGGUUCAAAGGAAGUACAGAAUUCCCAGUUGGUUUACUAAAAUGAAUAUGUCCUUUCUAUCUGAGAAGCACAAAUCCCAUUUCCCCCUCCUCCUACUCAUCUAUGUCCCUCUCACCUGUCUAUGCCAGACAACCAACGCCAGCUCAACCAUACCCACAAUGAACACCCCAACCACUUCCUCUCUAUUCUCAAAUGUUACUUCACUGAAGGGUGUGCCAGGCUGCGGCACAGGACUGCACCCCAUCUAUAGGUACCUGUGUGACCGCCGGGCAGCAUGGGGGAUUGUAUUGGAGACCUUGGCCUCUUCAGGCUUCCUGUUCAGCAUGAUUCUCCUCUUUGGCCUGCUGCUCUGGUCCCUUUGGAUCUGUAUCUCAUCCCAGCACCAACGCAGUAGUAUUGGAGGCACAGUGGCCUGCAUGUCCAUGUUCUUGUUGGCCACAGCAGGGAUCUUCGCCACCACUUUCUCCUUCAUCAUCCAUCUCACCCCUCAGACCUGCACCACCAGAAUCUUCCUCUUCAGCGUGCUGUUCUCCCUGGCCUUCUCCUGCCUGCUGGCUCGCUGCCUUGCCCUGCUGGGCUUCGCUGCUGCCCGGGGCUGGGGAGAGCCUGCCCUUGCCCUGGGUCUCUUCACUGUGCAGGUUAUCAUCUCCACAGAGUGGCUGAUCCUUGUGUUGGUUCGGGACAAGACGCCUUGCGAGUACAGCCAGGAGGAAUUUGUCAUGCUGCAGAUCUAUGUCCUGUGCCUCCUGGCUAUCAGCUUGAUCCUCUCCCUGCACUUCCUGUGCCGCUCCUGCUCCACAUACAGCUACAGCUACACAGGGCCCACCAACCAGCAGGGGAGGGUACAGGCCAUUGUCCUCUGCCUCACACUGCUGCUGUCCACCUGCAUCUGGGUGGUGUGGAUCACUAUGCUCACCAGGGGAAACCCUGAGGUGGGCCGCCGGCCACAAUGGGACGACCCACUGCUUAGCAUUGCAUUGGUGGCCAAUGGCUGGGUGUUACUGAUGGGGCACGGGUUGUCCCAGGUUGCCUUCCUCUGCAGGGGAGAAGCCAAGUCCAAGGAUAGCCCUUUGAGCUUCGCCGGCUGGACCAGCCCCAGUGCUGAUAUCCCAGGACUGGGCAGCCAGAAGGAGGGAAAAGAAAACAGAAGCUUUGAGACUGAUGGUGAGAACAGAAGAGGCAGGAGAACUGAGCCAACACUGCGGUCACCGUAUGAGUCUGGAUUCUCCAUGACAGAAAUCGACCCUGACAAAGAUUACACCAUUCCUCGCCCUCAGACCACCAACUACCGGGAACCUUAUGAUGAAUAUUAUGGACAUGACUAAAAUCCUAUUCAUUUUCUGUCUGAUGAAACUAAUACCAUAGCCAAAGCUGAGAACGACCCAACUCCUGCACUAAUCUGUACUUCAAAAUAUGAUUUUCUAUGUUUAAUAUUUUUGAGCAAAUGUAAAUAUUUCUGCGUAGUGUUAUAAGUAAUGUCAGUAGGAUGUGAAAUCCUCUGCUCCGAAGAGAAGUAAGAAAAAAAGACUCAGCAGUAUGAUUCGUCAUCGAGGCUGGAUGAGUUCAGAUAGUCUAGCUUUUUAUUAGUGGGAAAUUCACAUCACAAAUACUUAGCGGAAAUAAAUCUUUAUGAUGGUGUUUGCUAGCCUGAGAUGGUAUAUAAUAGCCCUGAGGUGAUAGAGGAGGUGUGAAACCAUCACUCUGAAGG